AUGGCAGAAGUGUCACGCUCCGACGACUUUGAGGGGUUGUCACUCCAGGAUGUUCUCCCGAAGCGCACAAAGCCAUGGUACAGAACUCCAGGCCUUCUGAAGCUCAACGUCCUCAUGUUGUGCGCGCUGCUCACCCAGAUCGCUUCAGGAUUCGACAGUAGUAUGUUGAACGGGAUGCAGUCUCUUCCCCAGUGGCAGGCAUUCUUCGGCACACCCACUGGUACUCGACUAGGCGCUAUGACAUUCGGUCCGACUGGUGGUAUCCUGAUCUCCGUUUUGGUAUCCUCGCAGCUCUGCGAGCGAUUCGGUCGUCGAUAUCCUAUCUGCGGUGGGUCUCUCAUCAUCAUAUUCGGAUCCAUUUUGCAGACUGCGUCUAUCAACUACGGCAUGUUUGUCGUCUCGCGUUUCUUCGUCGGCUUUGGCCUGGGAAUAGUGGCUACUGCAGCUCCUCCACUAUUGAGUGAGGUUGCAUACCCAGAACAUCGAGGCAAAUUGGUGUCUUUCUAUCUCACCACAUGGUCGCUCGGAUCACUCAUUGCUGCGUGGGUCACGUACGGAACUUUCAAGAUGACUGGGUCUUCAUGGGCCUGGAGAAUCCCCAGUGUGCUUCAAUGCUCCUUUUCCCUCGUCCAGGCAGUCCUCAGCUUGUUUGCACCAGAGUCGCCUAGAUGGCUGAUCUACAACAAUCGCCGGCAGGAAGCCUUGGAUAUGCUGAUCAAAUAUCACGCUGAUGGGGACGCCGACUCCAGACUGGUUCGCUUCGAGAUGGCUGAGAUUACCGCCACUUUGGAGAUGGAGAAGCUGCAAAAGAUGUCGAAAUGGUCGCAGUGGUUUGCCUCCAAAGGCAUGCGACACCGUUUGUUCAUUGCUCUCUUCAUUCCAGCUAUGCUGCAGGGGUCCGGGAAUGCUCUCACUUCUUACUACCUCGCUAAGGUCCUCGUCACCAUUGGAAUUACCAAUCACCGUACUCAACUCAUCAUCAAUGGGUGCCUAUCGCUCUGGAGUUUCAUCACUGCCGUUUUCGCUGCCACACUCGUCGACAGAGUUGGUCGUCGCCGUCUCUUCCUUCUUGGCAUGGGUGGCAUGGGCUUCUCAUACAUAAUCUGGACUAUCCUCUCUGCUCUAAACCAAGAUCGCCAUUUCAAAGACCACGGACUAGCUGCCGGAGUUCUCGUCAUGAUCUUCAUCUUCGGUCUCUGCUACCACCUCGUCUCACCCGUAGCUCCAACCUACAUCAUGGAAGUCGUGCCAUUCUCUCUGCGCUCAAAAGCUUCUAUGCUCUACCAACUGACUGGAAAUCUUGCCGGACUGUACAACAGCUUCGCCAAUCCUGUUGCCAUGGACGCCAUCGCCUGGCGCUACUACAUCGUCUGGUGCGUUGUCAUUGGCAUCAACUUCACGCUCAUCUACUUCUUCUUUCCCGAGACUAAAGGAAAGGCUCUCGAGGAGGUGGCGGUCCUUUUUGAUGGCCCGGAUGCUCUCACUUCUGGUGUCAAUGCCAUGAGAGAAUUGCAGCUGGAUGUUUAUGCGGAGAAGGCUGUAACGAUUGGAACGCACGCGGAAUAUGCAUCUGAUAAUCAUGGGAGUAAAUCUGAGAAGGGUGGAAAGUGA